CGUGUCUUACACGGGAGCCAUCGUCUCCUGGUCGACCUCGGAGCCCUGCUUGGAGGACUAUUACCAUAUUAUGUACAGGCCUAACUGGAACAGUAUCUUCUCCAGUUACCUGCGCUACAGCUUCCAUCACGAGGAGAAGGUACCUAGAACCAUCACCUCCGUGGCACUGGAACACCUCGCCCCUUCCACUCUCUACUUCCUCUGUAUCAGCUGCAAGAAGGCUGCCUUCCCAUACAGUCACUACUGUACCAUGUUCCACACCCUGGAUAAGAGUCCGCUGGCUGCGGGGGGCUCCCUGGUGGACCCCCAAAUUUCCCUUUGGGUGCUGAUGGCCAUCCUUCUGGCCUGCUUCACUGCGGUGUUGGCCUUCAUCUGCCUCCAGUUCUGGUGCAUCCGCUGUCAUGAGCCUCGAUGGUCUUACAGAGCUGGCCACAUGGAGGAAGCCAAUGGAUUGGUAAGAUGGCCGGAGGAGGCCCCAGCCCUGGGUCAGAGGGAAGAAGACCUGCAAGGGCUCCCCCUGGUGGAACUGCCACGCAAGAACUCUGGGAUGAGAGCAGAAGCUGAACGGGAAGCAGAAGCCAACCAGGAUGUGUUGGGUGUGGUGGUCUUAGCUAGGGAGGGUGGCAACCAACCAGCCGUACUGCCUCACUAUAGAGAGUGAGCAAUGGGGAGGAGAUGGCCCAUUUCACACAGCCUAAAAAUGCUCUGUAUACUGCGUCCUAUGUGAAAAUUUGUCUAUAGGUCACCCACUGCCCUCCUCUCAGAUUUCAGUGCUGUAUAGAUGAGUGGGGUUGGAUGGAUGCCAAAUGACAACGGUCCCCAAGCUGGAAAACACAGACCCUCCAGGUAUGUCAGGGGCAAACAAGGCCUUGCUUCAGUGGCGUUCACUUGGAGGCCUAGCUAAGCACUGCAGUGCAGGCCUUGCUUCAAUACUAAAAUCAGCUGCAGCCAUAUCUCACAGAGAGAGCAAGUAGCCAGACCUGAAUCUGACACUCUACUCGGAAGAAAUGCUGAGUCAGAUAUGGACCCUGAGCUUUGCUUUCCGUCGUUCUUUUUAAAAGGAUGAAGGCCUCCUUCUACUUCCGGGCAAUCGCACACCACACCCUGCGUCUCCAGGUUCAUUGUUUUCUAAAGCCACAGACUGGAGCAUCACUAUUCACCAUCAGCAGCUGACACCUUUUAUUUAAACUGACCACAGCUUUAAAACGCAGACUCUUAGGAGGCAGCUUUGUGUUAUCCCAUAAACAAAAACCCAGGGCCCUGCUGUUAUAAACAGAAGGGAACAGGUGUAAGAAUAAAUACAACAAAAUAGUAUUAAAUUUGAUGACUCAUUCUGCCUGCUAAUGCCUCUGGCUUUAAGAGCAUCUCUCUUGUGUUCGACCAAAGGAGAGGCUAGCCAGUGCUGAAGAGACUAGCAUCUCUUACCUUUAUAUAGCAAAAGGUUUGGAAGAGAAUUGGAAAGAGAAGCCUGUGUUUUAGUUUGUGAACCAUGUCUGUGAGUAGCCUCAAAUGAUGUCCGCUACCAUACCCUCUUUUCCUGGUGUGUUUGGGGUGCAAUCUCACCACAUAGCCUUUGUUGGCUGGAACCUGCCAUGUAGACUAGUCCUUGAACUCACAGCGGUCCUACCACCUCGGCCUCUCCAGUGCUAGGACGGGUGAGUGCUAUCACACCUGGGUUAGAAGCUUCCUUUGGUUUGAGAAAAUUACCUUAAAGUGUCUGACUCCUCUGGAGAAGACACCUGCCCCUGCCCCCAGAACCCUCCUCAUACACUGUGAGUGGCCCAUCCAGAACUUCUCUGGGUUAGCCACACUUCUAAAUCUUGAAGAUCUCUUGGCCUUAUCCCAUCGUAUUCACGUAAGCUGACCUCUGCUUACUCUGAGAAUGAGAUCUAAGGUGGCCAUUUUUUGUUCUGUCAGCAAGAAAAUCACUGGCCUUUUUUUGGUGAAAGACACGUUUCACCUUUAUGGUGGCUUCCUCUAUUCCUCCCACAUGAGUCCCUGUCAUGAUUAAUCUGCGACAUUGGCGGGCCUCGGUGAAAGCCAUUCCUUAUCACACAUGUGGACAUGAAGUUAUAGGUUGGUGUAGAUCAAGUCUCUUCGCCCUGGGUGCAUGUCUAACUCAUGGCUGUUAGACAAGGGGCAUAUAUUAAAUGUCACUGAAUGAAUGGGUAGAAGGACCCUGUGGGGGUAAUUGGAAUGAGGACGUGCGCGUGAGUACACAAACCAUAUGAGGUAGAGCAGACCUUCUGCUCAGAGACAGCCCCAGCCAUCCACAGUGGCCUACAAGCCCUGUCCGUAAACCCCUUAUAUUUACAGAGCAGAGCCCAGAAUCCCAGAAUCACCAGAUGUUAGGAUGCAUCAACCAAGAAAUGGGAGGAACUGGGAAGCCGCAAGGAGAAGCCCCACAGACCCACUUACCCGCAAACCUCAGCACAGCUCCCAGCCAAUUCUCCAACCCCCACAGCUUUGGUCACCCCAUCCCUGCUGGCUGUGAACCAAUAAAGAUGGCUGUACCU